AUGCCCGUCAACGACCCCGAGAGCAUACUGAGCUAUCAGAGGCCUGAUGAGGAGGUGGUAGUCGACCAGGGAGGGACCAGCUCAGUGCUAAACAUCCACUAUGAGAAGGAGGAACUUGAAGGUCACAGGACUUUGUUUGUGGGUGUACGGAUGCCCAGGCAGAGCCACCGUCACCACAAGGCCCACGGCUCUCGACACCGCAAGAAAGACAGAAGGGCUGGAAGCAUCGCAACACAACAAAGCGAGGCAACUGAGACGACCACAUCCACUCAUGAUACGCCGUCCCAGCGGGUCCAGUUCAUUCUGGGCACAGAGGAGGAUGCUGAACAUGUGUCCCACGAGCUGUUCACUGAGCUGGAUGAGAUCUGUGUGAAGGAUGGCAAGGAUGCUGAGUGGAAAGAAACAGCCAGGUGGCUGAAGUUUGAGGAAGAUGUGGAGGAUGGUGGAGAGAGAUGGAGUAAGCCCUACGUUGCUACUCUCUCUCUCCACAGUCUGUUUGAGCUGCGUAGUUGCAUCAUCAAUGGCAGCGUACUGCUUGACAUGCAUGCUGACUGCAUUGAAGAGAUUGCAGACAUGGUGCUAGACCACCAGGAGGCAUCCCAUGAGCUGAACGACAAUGCGAGGGUGAAGGUACGUGAGGCUCUGCUGAAGAGACACCACCAUCAGAAUGAGAAGAAGAAGAACCUGAUUCCCAUGGUACGCUCCAUCGCAGAGGUAACCCGCAAGCAGUCAGAGACCCAUCUGACAGGGUCAGCCACAUUGCCCCAGCCUCCUCCAGUGCUAGAACCAGCUAAGAACGGACAAGACAGCGCCCAAGUGGAUCUCAGCAAGGUGGACAUGCACUUCAUGAAGAAGAUCCCAGAGGGUGCAGAGGCCUCCAAUGUGCUGGUGGGAGAGCUGGACUUCCUGGAGAGGCCCAUUGUGGCCUUUGUCCGCCUUUCUCCUGCUGUGCUGCUCAGUGGACUCACUGAAGUCCCCAUACCUACCCGGUUCCUCUUCAUCCUCCUGGGCCCAGAUGGAAAGGCUCAGCAAUACCAUGAAAUUGGACGCUCCAUGGCAACCAUCAUGACUGAUGAGAUAUUCCAUGAUGUAGCGUACAAGGCAAAAGACAGAGGUGACCUGCUGGCUGGGAUAGAUGAGUUCCUGGACCAGGUGACCGUCCUGCCACCAGGGGAAUGGGACCCCUCCAUACGCAUUGAGCCUCCUAAGAAUGUCCCCUCUCAGGAGAAGAGGAAGAUGCCUGGAGUCCCUAAUGGCGCAGCCUGCCAGGUGGAGGAAGAGCUGCAUGCUGAGCACCAUGGGCCAGAGCUGCAAAGAACUGGAAGGUUGUUUGGUGGUCUGAUACUGGACAUUAAAAGAAAGGUUCCAUUCUAUGUGAGUGACUUUAAGGAUGGUCUGAGUCUCCAGUGUGUGGCCUCCUUCCUCUUCCUCUACUGUGCCUGCAUGUCUCCUGUCAUUACCUUUGGAGGACUGCUGGGAGAGGCGACAGAAGGACGCAUUAGUGCCAUUGAGUCCUUACUCGGUGCGUCUAUGACUGGAAUUGCCUACUCUCUGUUUGCUGGCCAACCUCUAACCAUCUUGGGAAGCACAGGUCCUGUGCUGGUUUUUGAGAAGAUCCUCUUUAAAUUCUGCAAGGACUAUGACCUGUCUUAUCUGUCACUGAGGACUUGCAUCGGCCUGUGGACAGCUUUCCUGUGCUUGUUGCUGGUUGCCACAGAUGCUAGCUCUCUGGUGUGUUACAUCACUCGGUUCACAGAGGAGGCCUUCGCUGCUCUCAUCUGCCUCAUCUUCAUCUACGAGGCUCUGGAGAAGCUAUUCCACUUGGGAGAAAUCUAUCCCUUCAACACACACAGUGAUCUGGACAAACUCACACUGGCAUACUGUAAGUGUGCAGAGCCUGAUCAUCCCAGUAAUAAAACCUUAGAGCUGUGGAGUGAUAGAAACAUCACAGCUGCUGCCGUACCCUGGGCCAACCUUACUGUCAAGGAGUGUAUCAAUCUGCAAGGACACUUUGUUGGGACGGCAUGUGGCCACCAUGGCCCCUACACCCCAGAUGUUCUCUUCUGGUCUACCAUCUUGUUUUUCUCAACCUUUUUCAUGUCUGCAUUCCUCAAACAAUUCAAAACUAGUCGUUACUUCCCCACCAAGGUGCGGUCCAUGAUCAGUGACUUUGCAGUGUUCCUGACCAUCGUCUUCAUGGUUUUGCUUGACUAUGUCAUUGGGGUGCCCUCCCAGAAGUUACAGGUGCCCAGCAAAUUCCAGCCCACCAGAGAUGACCGAGGGUGGUUGAUCAAUCCAAUAGGACGCAACCCAUGGUGGACAGUCCUGGCAGCCUCUAUUCCUGCUCUUCUCUGCACCAUCCUCAUAUUCAUGGACCAACAAAUAACUGCUGUCAUCAUCAACCGAAAAGAGCACAAACUGCUAAAGGGUUGUGGGUACCAUCUGGACCUGCUCAUGGUUGGGGUGAUGCUGGCGGUGUGCUCCAUCAUGGGCUUGCCCUGGUUCGUAGCUGCCACAGUCCUGUCCAUCUCUCACGUGAACAGCCUGAAGCUAGAGUCAGAGAGCUCGGCUCCAGGAGAGCAGCCUCGUUUCCUGGGCAUACGAGAGCAGAGGCUCACUGGCUUGGUCAUCUUUCUGCUCAUGGGCUGCUCUGUAUUCAUGACUGGAGCCCUGCAGUUCAUUCCUAUGCCGGUGUUGUAUGGUGUUUUCCUUUACAUGGGAGCCUCUUCAUUAAAAGGCAUCCAGUUUUUUGACCGUCUUAAGUUGUUUGGGAUGCCAGCGAAGCAUCAGCCAGACUUCAUCUACCUGCGCCACGUCCCCUUGAGGAAGGUGCAUCUGUUUACUAUCACCCAGCUCACCUGUCUGGUGCUACUUUGGGUCAUCAAGACCUCACCUGCUGCUAUCGUCUUUCCUAUGAUGGUGCUGGCUCUGGUAUUCAUCCGCAAACUUCUGGACUUCUGCUUCUCUAAACGAGAGCUAAGCUACCUGGAUGAUUUAAUGCCUGAAUGGAAGAAAAAAAAUCUUGAUGAUGCUUCUAAAAAGAUGGAGGAGGAAUCACAGGUUAUGCUCGGUGCAAAGAACGAAGAUACAACAACAGUUCAGAUUCCCAUGGAGAGCAGCAAGCCUGUUCAGGCCCCAAAAACACAUGAUCCCAAGUGUGACCCCUCUGAUAUUAAUAUUUCUGAUGAAAUGUCUAAAACCACCAUGUGGAAAUCCCUCAACUCCAAUCAGAAGGACUCUCGUCCUGUGGCUGCUAAGAAGUGUUUGUGUGGAAACACAGGUGACUUUAAAGAAGUAGAAACUUGUCUCCGCUGGCUGUGCGGUUUUGUGGUCAGAGGGUGGCAGUGUGUCGGAGCGGUGUUGAAGUGGGAGAUGAACCAUGGAGGGGUGCAGGAGGCCAGUCACUAG